AUGAAACAGCUGUUUUUGAGUCUUCUGUUGCUGUGUAUGGUUGUUUCGUGCGAGACGAAGGGCAAAGAGGUUCAUUUCUACUGUCGCGUGUGUGGAGCGCUGAUAGCAAAUUAUUCAAGUUGGACGGAUAAGACAUCCUCGAAGGCGCACUCGCGUCUGGAAUUGGGAAGUCUGGAAAAAGGGUUGCACAUUCACUACGACCAGUUUAUCGGGAAUAUAGACUGGGGAACGGCUCAAAUGCUGUAUUUCCAGAACAUUUCGGACUCGGUAUCGAUUCUCCCCGACAAGAAGUCGUGUACUAAUUUCCCUGGCCAUAUUUCCUCGUCCAUCCAAUGUAACCAUUGCAAAUCCAGUCUGGGGUUCUUUGUGGAGACUGUGGAUGAUGAGGAAGAGUUUGGAUACGAUCUCCCUGAAGAUUACUCCCAAUACACGCAAGAUGACAUUGCUGAUAUGCUCGCCGUGGACGAAGACCACAUUGACGCCUUUCUAGAUGACACAUUCCAUUCAAUCUCCGCACCCGUUCACUCUGUAGGGUACUGGAGCUACCGCUACAACCACAAACAAUCGAUCGAGCAGUUCCACAAAAAACGCGAAACCCAAUCAAACGAUUUGGAUUUGAAUUGGAGUCUAGGCAGCUUCGCGAGUCAAAAUUCACAUGACACCACACAGCACGGAACAUACGGCUUAGACACUUCCUCCACGCCCCCGAUUCCUUUUUACGCUUAUCACUACGCGAACGGACAGAUGUGCGAUGAGACUAAAAAGCCGCGCGAAACCGAAGUUCGGUUUGAGCCUUGCGGCGUAUCGCAGAAAGCGAUGAUUCAGUCGGUUCGUGAGGUUUCGCUGUGCAAAUAUGUGAUUCAUGUGUGUGUGCCGGCGUUGAUCAAGAAGGCGAGCGAAACGCGAAACGGAUUUUAUGCGGUGAAAGCAGACGCAGUGAUCGCGAGCGCAGAUCGACGAUUUAAUGAGCUGCUUAAUCGCGAUUUCUUCCAAGAAGAGUUGUUUCUUUACUCUGUUUGA